GCUGUUCGUUGCAGAGCUCUGAAUUCUGCUUCUCCGGCGUAUUCGCGGCUGCCGGAAUCAAUGACCUCACUUUUGCUGCAGAGAACUCCGCCGCCGGCAGUGUCCGCGGCCGCUCCACCAUUUCUUUCGCCGAGAACGCACAUCCCUCCACAUGUGUACAAGCAUCCAGCCGCAAUUCUGCUCGAGCUCUGCACUUCCAUGAAAGAGCUCCACCAAAUCAUUCCAUUGAUCGUGAAAAAUGGCCUCUACGACGAGCACCUCUUCCAGACGAAGCUCGUGAGCUUGUUCUGCAAGUUCGGGAGCCUAAACGACGCGGUCAAAGUGUUCGAGCCAAUCGAGUCGAAGAUCGAUCCGCUUUACCACACUCUCUUGAAAGGGUACGCACAGCAAUCUAAUUACGAUUCUGCUUUGAAAUUCUUCAAUCGGAUGAGACACGACGGCGUUGCGCCGGUGGUGUAUAAUUUCUCGAAUUUAUUGAGAAUCUGCGCCGAUAACUCCGACGUUCGGAGGGGUAAGGAGAUUCACACGCAGUUGAUUUUGAACGGAUUAUCUGAUAAUUUGUACGCCAUGAGUAGCGUGAUGAAUUUGUAUGCUAAAUGCGGCGUGAUUCUUGAGGCCUAUAAGAUGUUCGACAGAAUGCCUGAGAGAGAUUUAGUGUGUUGGAAUACUGUAAUUGCUGGUUUUGCCCAAAAUGGGAUGCCAUGGAAGGCAGUAGAGCUGUUCACGAAGAUGCAAGGUGAAGGAUACAGCCCUGAUAUGGUUACCGUUGUUUCUGUGCUGCCGGCAUUAGCUAACAUCGGCAAUUUGAGGAUGGGGAGGUCGAUUCAUGCCUACGUUGUUCGACGCGGGUUGGAAUCUUAUGUGAAUGUAGCUACUGCAUUGUUGGAUAUGUAUGCGAAGUGUGGGCUAAUAGGAGCAGCUAGAAGUGUCUUUGAUCGAAUGGAUUCGAGGACUGUAGUAUCAUGGAAUUCGAUGAUUGAUGGAUAUGCACAGAUUGGGGAUUCGGAGGAAGCGUUGGUUUUGUUCGAAAGAAUGUUGGAUGAAGGAUUGAAGCCUACGAAUGUUACGGUGAUGGGAGUGCUUCACGCUUGUGCUGAUUUGGGCGAUUUUAGGCGUGGCGAAUCUAUUCGUGAGGUGAUCGAUCGGUUGGGGCUGGAUUCGAAUGUUUCUGUGGUGAAUUCUUUGAUUUCGAUGUAUAACAAGUGCAGAAGAGUCGAUGUUGCUGCCGAAUUGUUUCGUAAGCUCAAAGGCAAGACGCUUGUUUCGUGGAAUGCGAUGAUCUUAGGGUACGCGCAGAACGGGCGCACAGUCGAAGCCAUCGAUCUCUUCUGCGAAAUGCAGAAAUAUGGGAUGAAGCGCGAUUCGUUCACCUUAGUGAGCGUCGUCACCGCUGUGGCGGAGCUGUCGGUGUUACGGCAAGCGAAGUGGAUUCACGGCGUGGCGAUAAGAACAUAUUUGGACAAGAAUGUGUUUGUGAUGACUGCGCUCAUCGACAUGUACGCAAAAUGCGGAGCUGUUUGUACAGCGCGAAAGCUAUUCGACGCGAUGGGCGAGAGACACGUGACGACGUGGAAUGCCAUGAUCGACGGAUACGGAACGCACGGUUUCGGAAGCGAAGCCGUCGAGCUAUUCGACGAAAUGUGCCGAGGGAAUGUGAGCCCGAACGACGUGACGUUCGUAUGCAUCAUCUCCGCCUGCAGCCACUCGGGGCUGGUGAACGAGGGUCGCCGUUUUUUCGCCAUGAUGAAGGACGAAUAUGGCAUCGAGCCGUCGAUGGAUCACUACGGCGCCGUGGUUGAUCUUCUCGGUCGAUCGGGCAAGCUAAACGACGCGUGGGACUUCAUUCAAGAAAUGCCCGUCGAACCCGGGAUCAACGUCUACGGUGCAAUGCUCGGAGCCUGCAAGAUUCACAAGAACGUCGAUUUCGGCGAAAAGGCUGCGGACAGGCUGUUCGAGCUCGAACCCGACGACGGCGGCUACCACGUCCUUCUAGCGAACAUCUACGCGAUUGCGUCGAUGUGGGAAAAGGUCGCGAAAGUAAGAAAAUCGAUGGAGAAGAAAGGGAUUCAGAAAACGCCCGGGUGCAGUUCCGUCGACACGAAGAAUGCGAUGCAUACGUUCUACUCCGGCUGCACGAAUCAUCCGCAGACGAAGGAGAUCUAUGCGUACCUCGAAGAGCUGAUCGAUAAGAUCAAGGCGGCGGGUUAUGUUCCCGACACGAGCUCGAUCCACGACGUGGAAGACGACGUGCAGGAGCAGCUGCUGAACAGUCACAGCGAGAAGCUUGCGAUCUCGUUUGCGCUUCUAAAUACGAGGCCGGGGAGCGUAAUUCAUGUCCGGAAGAAUCUCCGAGUGUGCCAAGAUUGCCAUAACGCGACCAAGUAUAUAUCGUUGGUGACCGGACGGGAGAUUGUCGUCCGGGACAUGCACCGGUUCCACCAUUUUAAGGGCGGGCAAUGCUCGUGCGGGGAUUAUUGGUGAUUUUGAUCCAUCGUUGUUGUUUGGACUCGUGUUCGAGUGCCGGAUAGUCCUUUUGGUAGCCCGCGAUUGCGGGGAAGUGUUAUGUCGGGUCUCGAGCGAGAGCCGGGUAGUGUCAAGCCCGUGCGCGGGCUCUGCUAAGGUUUAGAGUUUAAAAAUAGAUAAUCCAAAUGUUUAUUGAAAAUAUGAGAAUAGUUUAAAGGUG